AUGGAGGAGAUAGAAAACUCUAAACCCUGUUCAGGACAAGAUUCAGAAGCCAAGUCUAAGCCUAUGGACAUUGUAAGCUUUGAUAAGUCUCUCCAGGAACUGAAAGACCUGCGCUCUCAACUUCAUUAUGCUGCUGACUACUGUGAAUCAACAUUCUUGAAUACCAAAGAGAAGAAAGUUGUGAUGGAAAACACCAAGGAGUAUGUAUGCAGAGCUGUGGUUACUGUUGUUGAUCAUCUUGGAUGCGUUUCUGCCAACCUCAAUAGCCUCAUUUCUGAGACUAACGCAUUUUCGGAGACCGAGCUUCGAAUCGAUUGCCUCAAACAAAGGCUUUUCUUAUGCGAACAAUACUCCCACAAGCUUGCUCUGCCUAAAGUCCGAUGGAGGGAAAUAUUGCCUAGGCAUAACGCACGUUUUUUGUCUGCACUCAGAGAUGCUGAGAAAACCAGUGAAGAUUUAAGGGAUCCUGCAACUCCAGCCUCUCGUAAAACCAUCGACAAUCAUGAAUUUGACAAAGAGGCUGCAAUGCCACUUUUCUUGUACACAUCAUCUCACAAACCGUCUUUUCCCGAGGGGGAAACUAAUUCAGCUUUAGUUCCGGUUCGUGAUGGCCUAUCAAUCCUGUCUAGAGGUCCAAAUCCUACAUUUCAUUUCCAGGAAUCUCGGAAGAAUGGACGCCUCAAGAAAUCUGGGCAGGGUCAUGACAUCUUGUCACUCAUUAGACGAGCUAAAAGAACAAUAUGA